AUGAACGUGCUGUUGGUUUUGGCGCUGCUCGCCUCGGUCAUGGUCUUCGCCUGCCACGCCUACACCCUCGACUACGGCGUCUACCCUUACGCGCAACCUGGAGCUUUGCGAAGGGCCGAGCUAGAGUCGAUCAUGAAGUUCGUUGCAGAUUUUCAAAGUCUUUUCAAAGAUAAUUUAACAUUCAUAAACUCUCCAACAGCUAGUCGCAUAUAAAAAAAGCCUACAAGUCUAACAAAAAAAUCAUCCUAGUUUGAAAAAAUGCGAAUGCUUUUUCCAACAUUCUCGAUACCAUGAAGAAGUUAUUUUUAGACGAUUCAUGCCUCAAAAGGAACGCCGCGGACUGGAGGGCUUCGAAGACAUGCCAGGUCUGCUGCGGAGCCUUGACGGAAUCCAAAAGCCUCGGUUUGUUUUGAAACCUUGAUUUAAAAAUCCCCGGCAUGCUUAUAGUUCCCAAUAAGAUUGCCACCAUUUCUGAGCACGUUUAGCUUUUCCACUUAGUAUAUCUAAAAACGAAAAUUUAGAGGAAACGCUCCGUUAACGAAUUACCUAACGAAACUUGGGAAGUAGGAGUGUAGAGUCGGGCAGGUUUCGCGUAGGCCUCGUUGCCCAACUCCUGGCUGUUUCAGAUUCGGCUGA